CUUAGGCGGUUAGUGCCUUGAUAUGAAUAAUGGCCGCCUUCCUAGCGAUGGCCGGAACGGAAAAUAACACAAAAGGCAUUUUAGAGCUUUUCAGCUGACUGGAAGGAGCGCAAGGCGCCGGGUGCCCCUACCUGCCCCCUUUUCGGGACGGAUGGGUGGAGGGGGUUCGGCCAAAGGAUCCAACAAACACAAAGAGACUCCGAGGCAACACAGGGGAAGCUAAGUGGAGAGCUAGCGCUAGCGGGCUAACAACACGGUUGUCACUACCGGGGAGCGAACCCGAGGAACCGCGACAGCUGUGCGCCGGGAGGCCCGAAUGAGACGGUGAGCCCCGGCGGCGAGCUCAACCUGCCGGCCCGUCGCUAACAUGAGCGGACCGGGUCAGGACAGCGAGCCUGAGGCCAAAGUCCUGCUCAUCAAGCGGCUUUACAGGGCGGUGGUGGAGUCUGUCCACAAGCUGGAUGUGAUCAUCGGCAGCAAGUCGUCCUACAGAGAGGUCUUCAAGCCGGAGAACAUCAGCCUGCGGAACAAGCUGAGAGAACUGUGUGUGAAAUUAAUGUUUCUUCAUCCCGUCGACUACGGCCGCAAGGCUGAGGAGCUGCUGUGGAGGAAAGUUUACUAUGAGGUCAUCCAGGUUAUCAAGACAAACAAGAAGCACAUCCACAGUCGCAGUGCCCUGGAGUGUGCCUACAGAACGCACCUCAUCGCCGGCGUGGGUUUCUACCAACAUCUGCUGCUCUACAUCCAAUCGCAUUACCAGCUGGAGCUGCAGGACUGCAUCGAUUGGACCCACGUCACCGACCCGCUCAUCGGUCGGAAGAAGCCCGUGUCGGCGUCCCCGAGGGAGAUGGAGUGGGCUCAGAUGGCCUGUCAUCGCUGUCUGGUCUACCUCGGAGAUCUGGCUCGCUAUCAGAACGAACUUGCUGGAGUCGAGGCUGAGCAGCUGGCGGAGAGAUUUUACCACCAGGCCUUGUCUGUUAUGCCCCAUGUUGGAAUGCCUUUCAACCAACUGGGAACGCUGGCUGGGAGCAAGUUCUACAAUGUCGAAGCAACCUACUACUACCUACGAUGCAUCCAAUCAGAUACUCCGUUUGAGGGAGCCUACGGCAACCUGAAGCGUCUGUUCGACAAAGCGUCCAAGAUGUACCACCAGGUGAAGAAGCAGGAGAUGAAGAAGCUGUCUCCAUCUCGGCAAAGGACCAAAGACAUCAAGCGUCUCCUGGUGAGCUUCAUGUACCUUCAGAGCCUGCUGCAGCCCAGAAACAGUUUGAUGGAGACGGAGCUGACUUCACUCUGCCAGUCGGUGUUGGAGGACUUCAACCUGGUCCUGUUUUAUCUUCCUGCUCCAACACACGGAGGUACUCAACCCUGUCCGAGUGAGGAAGAGGAGGAGCAGCCGCAGCACAGUGACAGCUCUUACCCCGUCCUGCCUGACAACCUCAUAUUCAAGAUGGUGGUCACAUGCCUGAUGGUGGUUCACAGCCUUAAGCGGGGAGGAUCGAAGCAGUACAGCGCGUCCAUAGCUUUUACGCUGGCCCUGUUCUCCCACCUGGUGAACCACGUCAACAUCCGGCUGCAGGCGGAACUGGAGGACGGGGAGAGCCAGGUGCCGCCGCUCCACACCGACGCUGCCGAUGAGCUUGAGAUGAGAGAUUCGCCCGCUGCAGAGGGGGAUCCGUCAGAGGAGAGGCCUCUGCAGAACGGCUCCCUGGAGCAGGAGGACGAGGAGGACAAGGACGAGGAGGGAAGCCAGCGAGCCCGAGUCAAAACGCUCCGCAGUGAAGAAGACCAGCGCAAGACGGAGGAGGAGAAACAGCGGCAGAAGAAGAAGUACACUCACCUUUCGCGACUCCGCCGCCGCCGCUGCGCGCACAAAGGCGGCGGCGUGGAGGACGAAAGCGACCUGAGCGAAGGAUUCGAGAGCGAGGCGGACGAGGAUGAAGAGGAAGGAGGGAGGGACCGUGCCGACUCAACAGGCGGCACGACGAUAGACGAGCCGCUCAACCCUUCGUCUGUGAAAAAGGAGACGAAGAGGGACGCCCCGGGUGAGGAAGGCGGCUGGGACAGUGGCUCUGAGGAAGAGGAGGGAGGAACAGCUUUUGACGUGGAGACCGACUCCGACAUGAACAGCCAAGAGUCCCGCUCAGACCUGGAAGACAUGGAGGAAACGGAAAACUCAGAGAACGCGGAGCCUCAGGCCCGCGAGCAGCAGGAGGAAGAGGAAGACCAGCCCAAGGAGGAGGGAGGGGAGAGGGAGAGGGAGGGGGAGGGGGAGACCCCUCCAAGCACCAACGGGCCCCUCCUGCAAAGCGACUCCAGCAUCAGCAGCAACCUGCAGGCCAUGUCCUCGCAGCUCUUCCAGUCAAAGCGCUGCUUCCGGCUGGCGCCGACGUUCAGCAACAUGCUGCUUCAGCCGCAGACCGCCUCCCCCCCGGGGGUCCCCACCCCCGCCUCCGCCCCGCCCUCCCAGGAGACGCCCCCUCCUCCUGGAGAUUUGCACUGCGACGUGAACCCCGGUACGGCCAACGGAACCAACGACAACGACCUGGUCUCUGACUCGGAGGAAAGUCAGCACAGCGCCCAGUCGGCACACAGCGAGAAAACGCUGCUGGAGAAGCUGGAGAUUCUGACCAAUCAGGGCCUGAUGCAGGUGGUGAAGGUCUUCAUCGAUUGGCUCAGGACAAACACGGACAUCAUCGUCAUGUGCGCGCAGAGCUCCCAGAGCUUGUGGAACCGUCUGUCCGUCCUGCUGAACCUCCUUCCUGACGGCGGCAAGAUGCUGGAGGCAGAUCUGGGGCUGAGCGCCGAGGUGACGGAGAUGUUGAAGGCGUGCGAAGAGCCGGGACUGGUCCAGACUCUGCUGCUGCCCGAGGACGUGGCCCUGCGACACCUGCCUGCUCUCAGCGCAGCUCACCGCCGCCUCGACUUUACCCGACGCAACACCUCCCUCACUUCGCUGCAGGAGUGUGUGGUGCGAGUGUGUUGCAUUCGCAGUUUUGGCCACUUCCUAACAAACCUCCAGGGCAACGUCCUGCACUUCAACCCUGAAGCGGGAAUCUUCACCAGCGUCAGCCAGUCCGAGCAGGACAAUCUGCUGCAGCAGGCCAAGGCCCAGUUCAGGAUGGCUGAAGAGGAGGCUCGUCGCAAUCGUUUAAUGAGAGACAUGGCCCAGCUGCGCCUGCAGUUGGAGGUUUCACAGCUAGAGGGCAGCCUUCAGCAGCCCAAAGCUCAGUCGUCCAUGUCUCCCUACCUGGUUCCUGACGCCGCCGCCCUCUGCCAGCAUCUGAAUCUCAUCCGGCACCUGGCCGGCAGCGGCUGCUUCAUCAUCAUCAUCCCACGGACAGUGAUUGACGGACUUGAUCGGCUAAAAAAGGAAAAUGCUGGAGCCAGAGACGGGAUCCGCUUCCUGGAGUCGGAGUUCCGUAAAGGCAACAGGUACAUACGCUGCCAGAAGGAGUCGGGUCGCACCUUUGAAAGAGAUAAAUUAAAACGGCAGGACAUUGAAGCCUGGCAUCUGUAUAAGAUGGUGGACAGCUGCCGACAGCUAACCGUGUCCCAGAGCAAUGGAGACGAGGAUACGGCCGGCAUGGUGACCAUCCUGACGGGACACGAAGUGGACGAGCUCUGCUCUCGCUCUGCAGCCAUGAAGUCGGCGACCCAGGCUGCGUCCUCUGCAGGCAUGGAGCUGAAGAACAUCGUGGACUUCUACCGUCAGUGGAAGGAGAUCGGCUGAAAGCUCACCGGGGGGGCAGCUGUCGGUGCUGCGAGCGGCUGAUCGAUCACAACACUCGCUCCCUCUAUCUCUCCCACUCUUUUGCUCUGUGUGUAUCUGCGUCUCCAAAAAGGAAACAAAACAACUCAAAAGAAAGCUGGAUGGAAGAGCUCAAAGCGUUGAGGGCUUGACAAGGAAAUAAAGCGGAGUUAUAAUAAAAAAAAACAUAAAAAACAAAAGAAGAAACGCAGGCAAAACGACGCUAUACGAAGCAGCAGACCUCCCACCCCUCAGUUUGUUAAACAUAAAGCGUGAGGCGCCGCGGCGGUCGGGGGGGGGGGAGGAAACGGUGGGAGGGCGCUGCACAAAUUGAAGUGCCCCUGGUUCACCUCUAGCCAGGAAUACACUGUAAAUGUUAGCAAACGAGUACAUUUGUGUUGAGAGAAACUCAUCCACGCUACGAUGAAUCCAUAUAGAUAUUUAGAGCAGUGGUCUGGAUUCCCCUUCCCUCUUUCCUUCAGUGAUUUCCAGAAACAGGGUCAGGAAUGGGGGCUGGGGGGGGGCGGGGGAACAGAGGAGACGCGGUCUGACUUCCAUCGCUCAGAAACAAACCAGGCGCCUCGUAGUUCAGGCUUUAGGGAAGGGUCAGAGAAGACGGAUAAAUGUUUCUUUUCUCUUUUUACUUUAUUUUUGGAUUUAUUUCUCCCUUUAUUUGCGGUGUACUUCUGUGACCAGUGACGUAUGUAUUGUGCUAUAAAAGAAAGAGAAAUCACACAACAGGACCUCGCCCUGUUCGAAGAUUUUAAUGUGGAUUUUAUUUUUGUACCCAAAUGAUGUUGUUUAUUUUGCCUUUUUUUUUUUUUUUUUUUUUUUUUUGUAAGUUAAAGCUGAAUGAUAAACACAGGAAUGUCUAAGGGAACGGGGAAGGGCUUGUUAUUGUGUGUUGAUCCACUGAACCCAUCCUGAAGCGAAGCGAAUAAAGCAGAAUCUAUUUAUCGGGCGUCACCUUAGAGGGAGCAGGCAGGUAGGAGCUGAUUGGUGCUGGAGGAUGUGACGGAGAUCAGCUCACCUGUCCUGGGGGGGGGGGGGGGGUGUUGGGCGUACGUAAACUCCUGAAAUGUAUCCCAUCGACAUCACCAUCUCCAUAGUGGCUGUCCCAUCAUGCAGUGCAGAGGAGAACCAGUUUGUGUGUGUGGCCAUGCAUUGAACAAUAAAGAGAAACUGAUGCUGA